AUGCCUUGCAAGUCUGAUUGCCAGAAGCUCCUAGAGGGGGUGGAAAUGACGCUCAUCGCAUCCCUUUGGAAGAUGAAGAUGGCCAAUCAGAAAUCUAAGGCUCUCCACUCGAACCCAUCAAAUCAACUCGUCUUUAACUGUCUAAUCACUGCUAUUAUCAGGAUCAAGAGGCUCCUCUCAAACGACCUUCUCCUCAUCAUUGUCAAUCUUCCUCUAGUGAACUUCCGACUGAGGAGAUUGGCCAUCGAGCUUCAUGAAUACUUGAAAAAAAAGAAUCUGGAUAAAUCAAAAAGGCAAGUAUCAUUACUUGUCCAAUUGAUCGACCAGCUAUCUUCGGCCCAAUACACAGUCCCCAGGAUCCCUUGGCCUUGGGUUGCUACCAUCUCUAGAACAUAUGAAGUGCUGAUAGGCACGACUGAGGAUGUAUUCAUGAUAUAUGCACGGAUGUCGCGAAAAAGUUUUUUUUCACUAGCAGACACAAUUAAGAACCAUCCAGUAUUUCAUAAUAACUCCAACAAACCUCAAGCACCAGUCGAAAUGCAGCUUAUAGUUGCUCUCUCCAAUCUCGGCUUGUAUGGGAAUGGUGGCUCUCCCCAUGUACUUGGACAAUACUACAACAUCAGCCCGGGAUCCGUGGAAAACUACACUAAUUGCUGUAUGUUUGCGAUCAUUGAGACGUUGGAGAAAAAACACGUGUACUGGCCAAACACUCAACAGCGUGCCAAUGUGACCGCAACUCUAGCUGGGAAGACGGUGUUUGAUGGCUGCAUCGGCUUUGCCGAUGGGACAAUUUUCCCUUUGGCAUCGGCACCGACAAAGCACAAAGAAGAUUACUGGAUGCGCAAAAUGGUAUACGCAGUUAACUCCUUGAUCCUGUACCGGAAUCCGCGGGGAUUUUUUUUGGCUGGCGAAUACUUGCUUGCCGACUCAGCUUACACCUCAACAGACACUAUCAUCCCUGCCGUCAAGAGAUCCCCUAGUUGGUCCCUACCUCCUGAAAAGCAACAGUUCAAUUAG